AAGCAGCUCUGUUUUAUGCCGUGAGGCGCCGCAGCCACGCGUGUAAAUCAUUUCUUUUGCAAGCUUCCAUGACAGUACAAUCAGCUGUGAAUGCUCCACUUUGGAGUGGAAGCAGGCAGAGAAUGGGAGGGGCACUUGUCUGCCUGCCUACACACACACACACACACACACACACACUUUUCAUAGUGAGCUUGGGAUGCUGCCGUCUCCUCAGCAGCUGGAUGAGCGCUACUAUUGGGAGGGUUCUGACUGUGGAUCAUGCUUGCCUGAGAGCCAUGAUGUCAGUGACACGAGCAGCACUGAUUCAGCACUAAUGAUAUCAGCACAGGGACAUUGGGGAAAAACACAUGCGAUGGUGGACAUAGUGGACAGCCUUUAGGGGUUUGCCCCCAAACAUGGGGAACAGCGUCCAGAAGAGGAAAAAGGUGGAGACGGACAAACCAAAAGGCUUCUGGCUGAUUGGACACUCAGGCAAGCUGAAGUCAGCUUGCACCAAGGCCAAUGAUGAGCAGAAGAGGUUGUCAGUCCACUACUCGGCCUCACAACACUUCCAGGAGAAUGUGUUCAUUGAGGGCAGCAGGCCCCAGUACCUGGAGGACCUCCACUCGGAGGCUCAGGAGGGCUUGAAGAUACAACAGAAGGAAGAGCAUGAGAGCGGAGUGAACUUUGCUGAAGAUGAAAGCAUUGCUUCAUCAGACACUGCACAUCCGGAACAGGAUCUUAACUCCAAGGAUGUGGAGGGCUCACUGGAGUGGAAAUCCAACUCAGGGAUUACAGAUACCUCAACGACAUGUGCUGUCCUGACCAGACCCGGGCUCACUCGCCAAGGUUCGACAUUCAAGCCUUUGAAUCCAGUGAAAAGGUUAGAUAAGAACAAGAAGAGGAACAGGAGGACAACCAUCAUGGGUAUUCCCAAUCAGGUUCAGAAAGAACUCGGUAAGUCAACAGUCAUCCUGGAUCCAAUACCAUACAUAAUGCACUAUUCAAAAUCUACCCUUUUCCCAGCAUUGCACAGAAGUUCCACCUUCCAACAGGUUGUUUCUACCAAUAACAACAACCAAUCGGGUGUUUGUGUCAUUCCAACUGUUGAAGGGGGGACUCCAGUAGUGACCAAGGACGGAGCGAGGGUGCACCUUUCAAAGCUGGAGCAGGUAACGGAAAAGCAGCAAAUGAGGAAGCAUCUCCAGGAAGUGUACAAAGAUGAGGAUCCCUUACACCAUCAAGUAUUUGAAUCCCAUUGUUACCGCUCGUCUGUCCUCAGACCCAUGUCUGUUGCGGUUCCUGGCAUGAGUACCUUCACUUCCUUUAAUCCUUCAAUGGGUAGCUUCCUCUUGGAGCCCCAGGGUCCAGUAAUGUCCAUAUCUCCCCAGGCUACCUAUCUAUCUACAAUCAUCCCAAAUGCGGUGUUGCCAGCCUCGAUUGAAGUUAUCGAGAUAGACCGCAGCAGCCAAACAAGAGGCAAUGGUGUCAACAACAGCGGGAGUGUUCAUGCAGCUAGCAAAAGUAGCCUAGCAUCCUUGGACUCAUCGGUCAGCCCUUUGCUUUCUAGAAGCUCAGAUGGUUCUCACAAAAACAAUUCUUACAACAACUUUACAACGGAGGUCUGUAACUCACAGGAAGUGGAUAUCAAAGUGCAGGAGAGUCAAAUGGAUUCUACAGGGGACCAAGAAUUUGCCAGCCUUCACAACCAAGGCGAUCUCACUAGCAGAAACAGGGAAACAAACAACAACCCACAGCCUAAGAAUGACACAAAGAUAAAACGCAAUUCCACCCGAAGUCUUUCAAUCAUCAAGACAAAGCAACCUCCAGCACCUCCACAAAGAUCCAACUCCCUUCAUUCCAAUAAGAUCAGGAUCAAUACAAAGAUUCAGUUGGAUAACAAAGAUGACACUGCUUCCCAAAAGAUAGCAACUACCACAGGAGACACAGCAUCAACAGAUCAACUAAAAUCAGAAACAAAUAAAAUCCCAAACCCUGUAUCAAAUAGUCCUCCAAACCUUGCAGAUACUUCUGCUGGUGAGGCUCAAAAGUCUUUGUCAGAAAUCAACAGAUCCUCCCCACAGAAAACUCCAUCAGAAGGUGAGAAAUUUGAACGCACCAUGUCACCUUCCAGUGGAUACUCCAGUCAGAGUGGCACCCCAACACUUUCCCCAAAGGAGAUCUCCCCAAACUCUCCAGAUAAACACAAGAAGAAACCACUUAAGCCUGAGAGAGCCAUGUCUCGAGCCUCAUCCUCAGCUUCUCCUUCCUCGUCACUUACCUCUUUGUCAUCUGGUACAUCAGAACCUGUCAACUCAGAUGUUUCUUGCACUAGCAGUCUGACCCCAAUUUCUGCCAAAGAACCCACUCCGAAUUUGACAAUUGAAGUCAGAGAGCUGUUAAAUGUCCCACCACCUCCCAAAGUCAAAGCACCGUGUCCUCCUCCCCCUGAGACAUGGGCUCAGAACAGUCUGACCAUUGAGCUCCUGUGUGGUCCAAGCCUCAAAGUCAGCCAAGUAUUGAAAGAAUCAACACCGAUACAGGAGAGCGCGGCGAAACAUGAAGACCGUCAAACAAAAAAUGAAGAUCCACAGUCCGACGAAUCAUCAGAAGGAAAUUCUCAAGUUGAGAAAUUGGCAGAGAUCCUUGGUGGGGAGGCCCGUGAGGAUCAAAACUGUACAGUUACAGAACAAGAGACGUUUGCAACUGAGGAAAGCGUUGAAACAAUAGCAGAAGUACAAAGUCAAGAGAGUUGUAGCCCCACAGUGAAGGACUCCGGUAGUUGUGAAAAGACAGAACCACCUCGUGCGAUGAAGAAACCACAGACAAUACUGCAGAAAGAUGAUGUGGUGUUGACAGAGUCUACACUAGAUACCUCAGUUGAUGAGACUGAGAUAGGCUCAAAUGAAGGCCCAGUGACUUCUAUAGAUUCGCAAGUGAUUCAUGAGGUGUCACCACCACCUUCUCCUCCACCUGAUCAUCAGCCAACACCUCCUCCAUUGAGAAAGUCACCUCCCAUCUCUGUAUCACCUGUUGAUUUAGACAGAAUACAGGAAGAGACCAACACCAUGGAAUCCUCUUGGCCACCUCCUCCACCUCCUUUAGAGGGAGAUUCUAUCUUUGAUGGAGGGGAUGAGUUGGACUUUCCUCUUCCGCCGCCGCCUGACGUGGUGGACAAUGUUUCAGCUGUGAUGGAGAGGUCCAUCACAGAGACGGAUGCUCUGGACGCAACAAUUCCGCCUGUGGAGGAAUUUGUGAAGUUGAUUCAGGACACAAGUGAAGGAGAGACAUCUGAACCACUCGAUCUUGUCUUGCACCCUGUUGUAGUUUGUGACAAGAAUGAUGCAGACACCGUGUCAUCUUGUCUACCAUCUUCAUCCAUUAGUCCACCAUCCACAAUAGUUUCUUCCAGCAGUUUCCUCAAGCGCUACUCUCUUGAUUUUGAAAUCCACUCAACUACUGAACCUUCCAUCACUGCCCGACUGCCUUCUCCAGUUCCAUCCCCUUCACCAAUGGAGAACCUUACAGCUGGGGUUGCCUUCCGAAGGCCACCCAGUAAUGCACACAGAGACAACAGGAGCAAGGAGCUGCUAGCUCGCCACAAAAGUGUACCUAUUCCCAAAGAGGAUGCAAACAUACCACUUGUCACCCCCUCUUUACUUCAGAUGGUCCGUCUCAGAUCAGUCAGCACAACUGAGGACAGUGAGGCAGCGCUCACGGAGGACAAGUCAACAAAUGGAGUUGAAGACAUUUGCAGACAGCAAAGCACUCCACAAAAGCCCAUCCGUAAGUCACUAAUAUCCCCCCCUCAAGUGGUGAAAACAUCUGUGACACCCAGCACCCCUUCCAUGCGAUUACAAGAAGCCAUUCGUAUAAAAACUGCAGCCCUGUCAUCUAGAGAGAGUCUUCCAUGCCGGCUGGGGAUGAGGUCAUCGUAUCACUGUGCCAACGAACCAGGGAUUUUGGCCCUUAAAUCCUGUAAAGCAUAUGACACGCAGAGGUCCCACACGUCUACUGCUAGCUUCAUCUUCUCCAGGAGCACCAAAAGGGCUCUUGAAGACCAGUCACCGUUUUCUGAGCAAACAAACUGGGUGAAGUCUGACAGGGUCCCUCCAACAGUCGCAAGGAAACCAUCUCACAGCAGCGUCAGUUUUUCACAGCAGCCCAAUGUUGCCACUAGUGAUGCACAACAACAUUCCAAGGGAAUUGCACUACCGGAGACGACAACAAGAGUGACUGCAGACACAAUUGAAACACUGUUUUGAAAGCACUUUGCGGUAAUUUGCCAAGAUGAGCCGCAGGAACAAGCAAAGCCUAGAAGCAAGACUGCAAUCAAGGGACGCCAUUAAAGACACUCAAGACUUCAAAAGCCUUAGCCUGUAAUGGCCUUCCAAAUGUAUUUAUGCAAAUCAGUAGCUCACACUUUAUGAUAAACUUUAUUCUGGAGUAUUUUUCUAAGCAUCUACCCAACUCUACGCCCCUCAGGAUAAACUAGUGUACAUAUGGGCUGUAAAUAGUUUGAGGGUGCCCCCCAGAGGUAGGUAGCAGUCACAUCAGUGUUUCUGUACAGAGAUUUCAGAGGUGAAGGAUCUGCUAACACCAACAAAUGUCACUGCGUAGAGGUCCUUGUUUUUGGGGUUUUCAUCUGAGAUAAAAGGGAAAGAAGAAGUUAUGUUAUUAAGAAGAGAAGCACUUUUGUAUCGAUACAGAUGAUCAACUAUGAAAAUGCUUUUAGCACCAUCAUAUGUCUUCUGGGUGUAAUAAAAAGACACAACUUGAGAUACAUUAAUGCAAAGCACUCCUAUUUAUUUAUGUAUGCUUAUUUCCAGUGACGAUGAGUACUAGAUUGAACUGGACCACAGUCACAAAACAGACUUCUUCAGUUAAAUGUGUGUUGUUUUUUUUGUUCAAUCAUGAUAAUAAAUUCCCAUAGGUUGAUUUAUGUGCAAUGCGAUCCAUGAUGUAACCACCUGAAAAGUACAAUAGAGAUUAUUUUAAAUACAGAUCUGUCUGGUAACCAUCACCUACUGACAGAAGAUGUGAGGCAUAUUGCGUGUUAAUAUGAGCAUGUAAGGUCCCACGAUUUUGCAACGAGUCCACACUUUUUUCCCUUUUGAAGCUCACAUCAUUAAAAGACUUUCAGCAUCCGUGUCCCAUCGCGGUCCAAGUAACCACCCCAGAUGACUGCUGUUCCCAUGGCAACUUGAUGAUUAGUGUACUCUUGUAAUGUGGCUAGCAGGUGAAGAUGAGUACCUAACUGAUGUUGCCUCCUUUCAGAGUCUUACAAGUGAUCUGUCCGAGUUUGGUCAUCAGUGGUUUGUCUUUCCACUGAGCUGCAUGCUCGUCUGAGAUCUUCAGGUCCACCUAGGAAAGGAUACAGUA